AUAAGUCGGUCGCAUUGCAACGUGAACAGUCUCGGGGCUAAUCGGCACGGAUUAAUCCACGCAAUACGCAGGACUCUGAGUAAAAUUUCAAAAAACAAACAAAAACAAAAAAAAAAAUAAAAUAAACAACAAAAAAAUGGACGCGCCAACAACACAAGAGUUUGAUCAUCCUGCGAUAAUGUCGACGCCUUGGUUUAUGCUCGGCGCCUUGGGUAUAUAUUUGCUAUUAGUUACAAAACUGGGACCAAGCUAUAUGCACGCUCGAGCGCCCUACGAACUGAAGAAACUGAUCAUAGUGCAUAAUAUUGUGCAGGUCAUAUCGUGCAUAUUCGUUGUCUACGAGAUAUUGCACAUAACCGAGUACACAAUCAUAUACUUUUGGAGAUGCAGCGUCUUGGAGGAGACGCCCGUGCGUAUGAAGCGUCACUUUCGCUUGGCGUACUUCCUCUUUUGGCUGAAGCUGUCCGAGCUCAUGGAGACAAUGAUAUUUGUGCUGCGCAAGAAACAGAACCAAGUGACCAAGCUGCAUGUGUUCCAUCAUAUAACCACAGUAACUCUCAUCUAUAUGCUGAUCAAUCAUAAUCGCAAAAAUGGCUGCGAUGCGCUGUUUCCCAUUCUGCUCAACUCCAAUGUGCAUAUUAUUAUGUACACGUAUUAUCUGAUUGCCGCCGUGGCGGAUAAGUCCACGGUGCGUGCUUUGAUGCCCGUUAAGAAAUCAAUUACCGUUAUACAAAUGACACAAUUUAUACUAAUUAUGGUCCAUGCAACAUUUGUAUCGAUCAAUUGCGGCGUGGACAAGAAAGUCUUUAUAUAUUUCAUAUUUGUGAUUAUGCUCAUGCUUUACGGGUUCUACGACUUCUAUCGCAGCUCCUACAAGAGCUCGCAGCGCAGGAAAAGCGAAGCAGCAGCAGCCGCUGCAGCCGCAGCUCAGGCAAAAUUACGUUAAAUAAAUAAAUGUAUG